CGGGUCGCGAGCUCAUUGACGUCAAUGGGCCAGGCUGGAGCGAGGAGCGUCUGUCAUUAAUUGAUGUCGUGAGGCGAAUCUGCCACUCCCAGUAUGACUGACGGAGAGCCGGAGUCCAGCAGAGGAGGAGCAGGGUUCGAAUAACAGACCCCCACCCCAUCCCAACUCACCCGCCCCAACCCCCAAAGACAGACUCUGCAUUCAACAGAGGAAACGGAAAAGACGAAACAGAGCCUGCAAGAAGGUUUGUCAUUUCAAAAUCCCGGGGCUGUGGAAAGAACACAGAGUCUCUCUAUUCCCGCACUUCGGCUUCUUUUAUUGGACCUCGCAUCCUCCUCCAAGCUCCUUCAGGCUACUUCCACUUUUUUUGCCCAUCUUUUUUUUUUCUUUUUUUCUCCAGCUGUUUGCAGCUGGCAAAAAGUACCCGCCCUGUUCAGGGGGGGAAAAAGAAGCUCGCUGGAGUCUGAACCGAGAGAAGAACACGGAGACAGAGAGAGCGCGCGAUGCCACCCCAACCUCCCCAGUCGCAGGUGAGGAGCAACAUCUCCAAGUUCCUCAGGAGCUUCUUGGGAAUCGCUCGGAUCCUGCAGAUCGUGUUCGGAGCCGGGCUGUGGAUCACGGUGGCUGCCAACAAGUACGAGGGCUCCAUCCACUUCGUCCUGUUCGUCGCCGUCCUCUUCUGGCUCCUCACCCUCGCCCUGUUCUUCCUCACCCUCCUGGACAAGCACGACCUGGUCCCUCUGCUGGGAGGAGAGCGCUGGCUGUGCACCAACCUGACGCACGACGUGGCCGCCGCCGCGCUUUACCUGCCGGCCAUAGGAGUCAUGAUCUACAAGACGGAGAGCUACUCCUACUGCAACCUGGAGCUUUACCAGCACCUCUGCCUGUAUAAGGUCUACCUCACAGCGGCCGUGUUCGCCUGCCUGUGCUGCCUCAGCUACCUCUUGUCGGUCAUCUAUGGCGGGUGCAGGAAGAGCCGGGGAGAACAAACUGUCAUCUGAUGACACAGAGUCAGGUUGAGGUGAGGGAUGGACGAGGAGCAUCCGCUGCAAGAUGUAGAAUAGUCCCCUUCACUGUAAUCUUAUUCAAAGAGGUUGCUAUCCCUGGAGGUUGUUGCAUGAAAAGCAGCUCUGGGUACAGAGGCCAAGGAUUCCCACAGUGGGUUUGAUUUAAUGGUGUACAAGUCACAAUAUUAGCUUUAAUAAUAAUGCCAUUGCCAUGACAGAAAAUAGGCGAAACAUUGAAUCAGAACUUUGCUAGAGGACUUCUUUUUUUGUUUUUUACAUAAUAAAAAACAGCCUAAUACGUAUAUUGACUCAGUCUUAAGUUGUUGGAUUGCUGCAUUUUUUUUAUAAUAUAUAUAUAUUUUUUAUCUUUUUACACAUUUUUGUAUGAUGACAGUCUACGGAUAAAAGAUUCUGACUCUCAGCUGUUUUUGUCUGUAACUCAAACAUCCAGUUUCAUCUUCAGUCAGGAGGCAUGGGGAGUGGUCCCCUGGUGGUUGGAGCACUGCUCUUGCAUUCUGGGUUCAACUCCCACAGACUGCCACUCUGGGUCCCUGAGCAAGACCCUUAACCCCAGAUUGCUCCCCGGGCGCCGCACAGUGGCAGCCUGCUGCCCCCCCUAAGGGGAUGGUUUAAAUGCAGAGAACAAAUUGCAUUGGGAUGUAUGUUGCAAUGACAAUAAAGAUGAUUACUAUUAUUACUGUUAACUGUUUACUCAACAAGGUGGCGGCAGCGUCAACCUCCUCCAACAUGGAUGUGCACGGUGCUGUAACAUGUAUGUUGAACAAAUACGUUCCUAAUAUAUUAUAAUUAAUUGUAAGGUCGAGAAUAAAGAUGAUCAGGUUGAGAAUCAA